AUGGUACUGUGUUUCCCUUUCAAGCAGUACUUCAGCCAUACAGAAAUCGACACUGAACCCAGAACUUUCAUACAUCUUGUGCGACACGGAGAGGCAUACCACAAUCUAGGACACAUCAACGGAAAAAUCAAUCCCAGAUCUUACAACAUCAAAGAUCCUUAUCUUACCCGUAAAGGGAUUGAACAAGCCAAAUCUACCAGAGAGCAGAGGACAAAAUGUUGUCCCGUCCCCAAUAUCGUCCUCACAUCCCCUCUAAUUCGUACUCUCGAGACGACACUCCACAUUUUUCCUUUCGCCGAUGAUGGCAGUAUCUAUCCACAACCUCAAAUCGUCGCCUAUGAUGAUUUAAGGGAGAGUGGCGCAUAUUUGUGCAACGUUCGCCAAACAACUCUUGAUUUAGCUAACAAUUAUGAGCACAAAGGGGUAGAUUUUACUGCUCUGCCACCUAUCGCUCCACCAAUGAAAAGUACUAUUCGUACGAAACAGCGGGCGGAUAUUGUUCGUAUCCAAAUAAUGGACAUUUCAAAGCUUAUCAAAAAAGGGGGUGGGUUUUGGAAGGGAGUUUAUAUACAGGGUACUGGACAGAAUACUGGGCCACGAAUGCAGAUGAAACAGGAUGUACAUAUCGUGGUAGUUUCUCACGGAUCUUUCAUGGAGUAUUUGCUACCGCUUUCUCACACCAUCCAGCCAAGUUGGCGAAGAUUCAAGCCCGCGGAGAUGAGGACAUAUGAGAUGGAUGAAGAUGGACAUCUAGACAAGAUAGUCGAGUUUAAAAGAGCUAGAAGGACUACUAUCUUGCGAAAGGUUAGCUUGAUUCUCACUAGCUCUUCAGAUUGA